CGGAGGAGGGGGUGAGAGGGUAGAUAAGUUAACCCCUCCCAGUCCCUCUCAAAGCCAGUCGCAGAAGAAAACACAUACACGCCAGUGUGGCCAGCAGUACAGUUAGUUAAACUCGCUGGUUUGGGCUCCGUCUCCCGCUUGCACCUCCUGGACAACCGGGAUCGCGUUUAGCUGGCUAUUGGAGAGCAAGGCGAAGGAGGGUGGGGACCCCUUGCUAAAGGAAGUUUGGUAGCUCGGGUUGAAUUCGGGCAGCAAGAUGUCAAGUACGAGCUCCUGCCGACCAGUGGCAUUUAAAAACGAACUUUGUCCUGCCUGAGCUAGGGCCGAAAUCUGCGAGGCCCCCUCAGCAGGGAAGGGCUACAGAAAAGACCGGCCACCGACCACUGUCACUGUCCCGGCAUCGAAGCCUCGCUCGACUUUGCCCUCUAGCGUCCAGCUGGGGAGGUGCUGCAUUGGGCUCCUGCAGGCCCUUUUCCCAGCACCAUGGGCUCCACCAGUGUGCCGUCGGUCAAGGCCUUUCCCAGCUUCGUCUCUGACUAUGUCAACUAUGAUAUCAUCGUCAAGCAUUACAACUACACGGGAAAGCUAAACUCCAGCGCGGAGGGCGGCCUCAAAGUGACCUCGGUGUUAUUCAUCCUUAUCUGCUGCUUCAUUAUCCUGGAGAACAUUUUUGUCCUCCUGACCAUCUGGAAAACCAAGAAGUUCCAUAGGCCCAUGUACUAUUUCAUUGGAAAUUUAGCCCUGUCGGACCUGCUGGCAGGGGUGGCUUACACGGCCAACCUCCUUCUUUCUGGGGCCACCACCUACAAGCUAACCCCAGCACAGUGGUUCCUACGGGAGGGUAGCAUGUUUGUAGCCCUUUCAGCCUCAGUGUUCAGCUUGCUGGCCAUUGCCAUUGAGCGCUACAUCACCAUGCUCAAGAUGAAGCUACACAAUGGGAGCAACAGCUUCCGCUCCUUCCUGCUCAUCAGCGCUUGCUGGGUUAUCUCGCUGAUCCUGGGAGGCCUGCCCAUCAUGGGCUGGAACUGCAUUGGCUACCUACACAGCUGCUCCACUGUGUUGCCCCUCUAUCACAAGCACUAUAUUCUCUUCUGCACCACUGUGUUCACUUUGCUCCUCCUCUCCAUUGUCAUCCUCUACUGCCGGAUCUAUUCCCUGGUCAGGACUCGGAGCCGCCGGCUGACCUUCCGCAAGAACAUGUCUAAGGCGAGCAGGAGCUCGGAGAAGUCACUCGCGCUCCUCAAGACGGUCAUCAUUGUCCUGAGCGCCUUCAUUGCCUGUUGGUCCCCUCUCUUCAUCCUGCUCCUUCUGGAUGUGGGCUGCAAGGUGAAUACGUGUAAAAUUCUCUACAAGGCGGAGUAUUUCUUGGUGUUGGCGGUCCUCAACUCAGCCACCAACCCCAUCAUUUACACGCUGACCAACAAGGAAAUGCGGAGAGCCUUUGUCCGCAUCAUGUCCUGCUUCAAGUGCCCCAGCGGGGACUCGGGGGCCAAGUUCAAGCGGCCCAUCAUUGGUGGCAUGGAGUUCAGCCGCAGCAAAUCCGACAAUUCUUCCCACCCACAGAAGGACGAUGGCGACAACCCGGAGACUAUAAUGUCUUCUGGGAACGUUAACUCCUCUUCCUAAAACUUAAUUCUGCUGCAGGCCUACAGGGGGUGCUGUGUUGACGCCUCCCCCUCCUCACUCCCCGCUUUUUGGGAAAGUUAGGUCAGAGCUCUAGGGUGCGAUCCACCCCCACCCCCACCCCGAAGGGUGCUGCUGCAGGGCCCUAGGAAGUAAGGGAGGGGAGGGAGAGAGGGAGAGAGGGAAGGAAGAGCCAAAAAAGCCAAGUGGUGGUGCUAGCUGGGCGGUGGGGAGUUUUAGUCCACACGAACAAUGCACCAGGAAGGGUGGAGCUCUGUCCCAGAGAGACAGACUGUCCUGGCUCCGAAUACGUUUCCUCCCUGGAACUUGUUUUGACUUUGCACUGAGCCUGACUAAGGUUUAACAUUGUCAGGCUCCUGAAAGUUUCAGCUGAUUACUUCUUGAAGUCUUGAUCAAUGUCCCUAUGUGAAAGUGUCUGUUUGGGUCUUUGGGCCUUCCUUUGUUGGGGAUGGAAAACAUGAAAGAGAAGUUGGUUCCCUUUGCCCUAGUUUCUGUCAAUGGUUUGUGGCCCCCUCCUCUCUCUCUUUUCCCUCCACCGCUACCCAUGUAAUUCCUCUCCUUCUUCCACUGUCCCCGUUCCAGUACCAGGAUUUUCCAUUCCUGUGUUAGCUCCUUUUCUUUCCGUGGGGGGGAGGAGGAGGGGAUGGAAGCACACCACCCCUGGACCAGCUGCAGUAGUCCCCCUACACUCACCUGUGAGGAAGCUGACAUGGCUUUUAGAUGUCGUGUAAUAAGAGUUGCUGAGUCCAAAGUUCCCACUUGGAGCCAGGUUUGUUAUUUUGUUUUUAGGAGGCAUUUCUUGAUAUCUUAAUGACAUGAGCUGCCUUACCCUAGCUCCUGUGGUUGAAAGCUGGAGGGAAAAGGUCCAGUUUAUCUAAACAUUAGUUUAUUUGAGAGGUUACUUUGAGGAUCCAACCUUUGACCCCAGUCUCCUGAAAAGGGUGUAAGAAAAACUGACAAAUGGAAGUGUUCUUUGAAUGCUAUAAUCCACCAGAUAUCUCUCUGCCUUCUAAAUGCCCUUGCCUGACACUUUGGGAUAUCUGACCUUUGGCACUUAAAGCAAUGCUUUGUUGCAUUUCAUCGGGUUCCUCGGCUUUUGAACAGAGAAGUGUUGGUGUUUUAUGGAUUUGUGUUCAGAUUUACUUUCCAUGUUCUUUGAAUGUAUUUGUUUCUGCAUCUUUUGUUUUUACUGGAUUUCCCCCCUUAACCUGUGUUAACCGAGUUGAAUGUGUACACGUGUUAACAAGAUGCAGGUCCUCUGUGCCCUAGAGCAUUACUGUAACAGACAGGGACACUUCAGGUAGCUCCCUCAGAACUCUCCAUUACUAUACAGUUACUGGGGAGGUGUAGAAAUGUUGUAAAAAGAGUAAAAUAAAAAUAUAUCUCUGCCUCUGUAGUAUGGUUUCCAGUGCAAUUAAAAUGAUUUUUUUUGUUUUGUUUUGAAGAUAGUAUUUAAAAGGUCUGUUCAAUUUGCACAUAGCUUUACCUACUUUUAAACAUUAAUAAACUGAUUUUUAAAAAAA